AUGAGCACCCAGGCAGCCAGCGGCCCGCUCACACGCUCGUCAUCGUUCCACCUGCGCUGCGGCACCAGCGGCCUCUUCGCUGCCGCCCCUCUCCGGAGCCGUCUCGUGCCAUGCCCCCAACGGGUUCUGGUCCGCCGCAUGUCCACGGAGUCCUCCGCGCCGUCGUCUGAGCGCCAGGCCGCUGCUGCGGGAGAGGGGGGCCGGAAGGUGGUCAGCCGCCGCAGUCCCGAUGGGGUCCAGUACCAGGGCGAGGUGAACGAGGCGAUGGAGGCAGAUGGGGAGGGAGUGCUCAUCCAGGCCAAUGGCGCCUACCACGAGGGACACUGGCGCAACGGAGCUCCCCACGGUUGGGGUCGGAGCGUGGGGGCGGACAAGUGGACCGAGGACGACGGGGAGUGGGUGGCGGGCGAGCUGCACGGGCGGGCCACCCAGCGCCUGCGCCUCGACGCCAACCUCACCGCCACCUUCGACGGCGAAUUCGAGCGCGGCAUCCGCAAGCGGGGCACCCUUCGGGUGAGUGACGGCCGGGUGUACGCCGGGGAGUGGACGCCGGCCGGAGCGCUGCGCUGCGGCAAGUACGUGGCCCCGAUCGACGGCCGGCACCGGAACGUGAUGGUGGGCGAGUGGCUCGAGGCCGGCGUGUUCGUCGGCCGCGUAAGCCUCCUCCGCACCCCGCCGCCGCCGGCCAGCGACGGCCCCGCGGCCUCUGCGUCGUCGGACCAGCAGCCGCACACGCCGGCAAAGGAGGAGGCCGCAGAGCCGUCGGCCGCGAGUGAAGAGGCGGAGACGGAGGGCGAGGUGGUGGAGGUGUCGGAGGGACGGUUCGACCGGGGCCUCCUGCGGCACGGCCGGCGCGCGGUCACCGGGGCCGAUGGGAGCGAGGUCGUGUACGAGGGCCAGUUCGACGAGCACGGCGUGCUGGUGCAGGGCGCCCGCACACAGAUCGCUGCGGGCGCGAGCUCCUUCGCGCUGCUCGAGGAAGGCACCUUCCGCGACGGCUGUCUGGUCAAGGGCAAGCAGACGAUGGAGGGCCACGGCGAGGCCGAAGGUGAGUGGAACCCAGAGACCGAGGAGUUCGUCGGUACGGCGAAGAGCACCGCCGGCACGCUCGAGGAGGGCACGUUCGUCAGGGGCCGACUGAUCAAGGGCAAGCGCACCCUCGCGGAUGGGCGGGUGCUGGAGGGCGAGUGGGAGGCCGGACCGCAGGCCACGCGGUUCAAGGGGCGUGCGCGGGUGGGUGACGUGGAGAUGGAGGGCCAGUUCGAGGGCGACCACCUUGAGGGCGAGGGCAAGCUGCACGACCACGCCACCGGCCGCCGCAUCGAGGGCCACUGGCAGAAGGGCGACCUCGUGCGCGGUCGCGUGCUCCACCCCGACGGCCGCGUCGAAGAGGGCGACUUCCACAAGGGCAAGAUGAUGCGAGGCCGCAUCCUCCACCAGUCCACGCGGCGAGACAGCUGA